AGUGGAGUGUAUAUAACCGGCACGAAUUCAUUGCACUAUUUCAGUCUUUCAAUUAUUCCGAGUAGUGUAGCGGCACGCGAAGAGUCACCAAAUAAUCUGCACUCAUCAUAUUUUCUCAGUCAGAUCCACGAAGGUGUCCGUUGAUCAGCAUCCCACAGAAGAGAGUCUCGCAUCGAGUCUAUAGAGUUGAUGAUCCUGUGAAGUGAUUGGAUUACCCUCAGUGUGAUACUUAAAAGAAUUAAGAAUUGUGCAAGAGACAUUAAAAGACAAGGACGCUGGAGGAGUGGCAAUUGCAGGAGUUUUGUGAUAGAAAAGUUAAAGCUAGGUCCUUGGAUCCCUGACAUAAGGAGAGUGGCAGUAGCUGACUUUUUGCAAUCUUCAGAGAAAUAGUCAUUACGAGUUACCAUCGAUUCACAGUGAAUCCGGAGCAAGUGAGAUCACUAAAGAGACAUCAAGAUUCAGAAGAACUCGAGAGACCGAUCGUCGUCACGACACACUGGAAAACAUUCGCGCGAGAGAAAAGGCCGUCAAGUUCAGCGAGAAAAAGAAUUGUCUGUACGAAAUCGCUCGGUAAAAUCGAAAAGAAAGAGACCUUUUUUUGAAUACAUCACUCUUUCUUGCUGAAAUACAAAGAGAAGCCCAAGAGGUAUAUAAAUUGUGAAAGUGCACGAUUUAGUUACACUUCUACUGCUGCAUACACCAUAAACACAAUAAUUUAUUUAUAAAAUAACCUUUUUUGCUCGGUGUGCCCCCCAAGAGAGAAAGAAGUAAGAGACUCUAUAAAACUUCCAGUAUUAAUAAACCAUAACUAAUAGAAGCAGAAAGGAGAGAGAAAGAGCGAGAAAGAGAGAGAAGUUAAAGCAGAAAUUAAAACAUAAAAUUACACCGAGUCGUUAGCACGAGACGGUGGGCACAUUUUUUGGCCAGAAGGUGGGAUUAGCUUUGAGGAAUAGUAUAAAAAUAAUUAGGGUGUAAUUUAAUUAAUCGAGCAACAGUGAUAAUUGGCUGUGUGGAGUUAAUAAAAGCGUGUCGUUGGAAAGCAAGGGUGGAAUUCCUCGAAUUUUCUGCGCUUUAUCGAAUUAACUAAGCUUAAGUGAUAGAAAUUAAUUAGCCAUACUACUUACUAGGAAUUUAGGUAGUUCCCAUUAGUUUUUUUUUGCCGUUGCGAAGGAAGAGGAAGCUCUGAAGAAUGUCUUCCCCGGGGAAAGACUUGAAUGCCAAUGUCGUGCCAAUUACUCUGGCAGUUCCAGUGGGGCCUCCGGCCGUUCCGUAUGUCGCGGAGGCGCCCGAGCCUCAGGAUCUGGACGCAAAGGACUGCGAACUGAUCAAUCUGCACGACGAUCCCGCGGAGGAUCUCGUGGACAUCGAGUAUGAGCGGGCGGACGAGGCGAAGGAGCUGGAGGAAAUUCCCUUGCAUUCGGACGACGAGGAGGAACAUGACAGCGUGAGUCCGCUGAUGAUGGACAAUCACACGAUCCUGGAACAUCACGAAUCCUACAAGGAGCUCGACGAGGGAAGCUACGAAGAGGACGAGGACGUCCAGGUGUUCAAGCCGCGCCACAUGAAGCACUCAGACACGAAGGACUCCAUCAGCUCCAUCGACAGCGAUCUGUCUCUGUCGUACGAUCGCCAGAGUUCGCAGGAAGUACAGCAUCUUCAGAACUCGGAUUCUCUGUCCUCGGACGAGAAUGCCAAGGAUUCUGGAUGUGAUGUGGCCAAGAGGUCCGAUGAGGAUGGAGACAAGAAGGCUGAGGACGAACCGCCCAUUGAGAUUCCCACGGAUGAGAUGUGUGACAAGAUCAUAGAGCAAGUUGAGUUCUACUUCUCCAAUGAGAACAUCCUCAAGGACGCCUUUCUCCUGAAGCAUGUGCGCCGGAAUAAGGAGGGCUUCGUGAGUCUCAAGCUGGUGUCCAGCUUUAAGCGCGUGCGGCAACUCGUCAAGGACUGGAGAGUUGUGGGCUACGCCAUCAGGAAGAGGAGCGAGAGGAUUGAGCUCAAUGAUCUGGGCACAAAGAUUCGCCGUCUGGAACCGCUGCCAGUCUACGAUGAGACGACGCCCUCGCGCACUGUCGUGGCCACGGAUUUGCCCAUUAGCCGCAUGACCAUCGAGAGGGUGUUCGAUCUGUUCUCCAAGUGCGGAGAGAUCGCUCUGGUGCGCAUCCUGCGAGUGGGAGGCCCGAUUCCCGCCGACGUUCGCCAGUUCAUCAACAAAUACCCGGAGCUGCAGCACAAGGAGUGCGCCCUAAUUGAGUUCCUGGAGUCCCAGUCCGCCAGAAAUGCCCAGGCCAUGCCCGGCAUGACAGUGCUGGAGAUGGUGGCGCCCAAGAAGAAGACUGGCAAGAAGGUUCAGGUCACGCGCCUGAUUGAGAACUGCAAAGUCACCGAGGCGGACAUGGAGAGAAGUCGAGGCGGAGCCGUUGAGGAUUCCUUCGCGAAGUACCGCUUCAGGCGCACUCAAUCGGGGUAUUACUCGAAGCCUGAUCAGCCUGUGUAUGUGCCUCCCAUGAGAAAGAUGGCUUACAACAAUGAGAAUUACGACCACUUCAAUGUGCGUCGUGGCAGCGCCGGGGCGUUCCAGCCUUUGGCUCCGGCCGAGAUGUCGCCGCCAAUGCAGGCGCCCAUGCAGAUGCCACCGAUGACCAUGCAGCCGAUGCAGGCCAUGCAGCCCAUGCAGCCACCGAUGGUCUUCAGCAGGAAUAACUCCCUCUGCUCCGACUACUCCAGCUGCGUGGACUCGCGGCGGGGAUCGCAAUGCUCCGACUUGUCGCGGCGCCUGUCCAACUGCUCAAUCAGCUCGCGGCGCUCCUCCAAUUGCUCCGAUUGCUGCCCCAAUUGCUCCAGACGCGCCUCCCAGUGCUCCAACCCAGUGGAUCCCUAUCGGCGCCUGUCGCAGUGCUCAGAGCACGCGGGCUCGCCGCGUAAGUACUCCGUGGGACAGGCUUACGAGCGGCGUCCCUCCAACGGCGGCAUGGAGACCAACUGGCGCCUGCCCGAGGACCGCGUGGCUGAGAGCCCCGUGAGCCCGCGGAAGUUCUCCAACGGCUUUGAUCCCAUGCGGAAGCUCUCGGCCGGCGCCGAAGAGUUCGUGAACGGGCGGCGCAUCUCUACAGACAGUGGAUACGACAGGAAGCACUCGAUCGGCUCGGAUUGCAGCGCCUCGCGCUCCCGGAGCGGCAGUUUCAUCUGCGGCGCCUACAAUCCGCCCAUCCAGGAGCAGCAAAUGAUCGUGCGGUCGCCCGUGGCGCCCGACGGGACGAGAGGCUUCGCGGCACGGACCCGCAAGAUGGGUCAAAUCCUGCCGCCCGUGUGAGGCUCGCCGAUCACGACGUCCCACCGCUUCGCGAAGACACAUGCCUCGUCAAUAAAUUAAUCUUUAGCCCCCAAAACGAUGACCCUCUUCCUCUCGAAAUACAGGUUAAGACGUUUUAUAAAAUAAUCGUAUGCUGAAAUUUGCCUUUAAUCACAAUCACACUUUAUUGGAGAAAUUGCUGCAAGAGAAUUAUGAUAUUUUAUUCUAUAUUUAAUGCAAGACGUAAUAUCACAUGAAUGAUCUUUAGUCUGUAGGAACAGAGCCUCGUAAGUGUUUUAAACAUAUUUAUUUAGUAUAAUAGUGAAACCUUGUUAUUUGCAUAAGAUUGAUUGUAAGGUGUUUAAAGUGAAAUCUAUUGUCUGUAAGAAUUGUUAUCGAUUUUGUAGAGAGAGACUUAUAUAUUAAAAAAAAAUAUUGUAAUUGA